AUGGCCACAAUAGCACACGCGGCAUGGGCACUCACAAUCUCACAAUAUACCGCCAACCCUGACACACCGUUCGGGGCAACGCUACCUGCCCGAGAAGCCGCAGCUGCCAGGAUUCAAAAUCCAGAGUCGAUCGCGGGCCCGACCAUCCCCACAGUUCCGUAUCGCACAGUCAUUCACUCUUCAGGCUCCGUAGCCGGCUUCUUGGCUGGGAUGCAGCGAGACGCUGUCAGUACAGUCUGGUUUGGUCAGCUUGGAUUGGAAACGAUUCAGCGUCAAGAUGAGAGCUGUAGACGGGCGUGCUGCUUUGAUAGUAUCUUCCAGGUCAUGCAAGAAGCCGACCACGGUCGCGGGGUUAUAGUAAGACCACCGAGCGACACUAACAUGGGCGAGAUGAUGCGAUUCGCAUCUACCCAAGUAUUUGAGGCCGAACACACUACUGGAGCCCUCAGUGCUAGCUCAAGGAAAAUCGGCAGCGGUGACCAGAAAGAAUCAGCGCAUGAUACCUCCGCUUCCGCUACUUACCCGGGUCUGUCGAGUAGGCAGAGGUACCUCGUGGCUCCAGGAUAUUUAUCGCCGCUGGCGUCCGUCAUGACUGCCCACGCACUAUUUGCAAGAAAGCCACACAAGCCUUCUUGA